AUAAGGGCAACAGAAGUUAUUUACAAUACCAUUCGAUUUGUCUUGAGGAAGUUGUAUAAGUGUUUCAAAAUGAACAAGUUUGUGUUAAUUCUUCUCCUCACUGCUGCAUGUGUUCAUGCUGAAGGAGAAUCAUCAAGUUCAUCUGAAUCAUUCCUAAAGUCGUUAGCUAACAGGUACGAAGAAAAGCUAAAUCCAACAGUCGUCAAUAAGUUCAUUGUGUUAUCCGAAAAAACCAAAAAACAGUGUCCUGAACUCAAACAGACGUUCGAUACAACUCUUGAAGAAGUGGACAAUUGUAUAGAAAACAUAGAAUUAGGAGAUAACACUUUCUGCAGUUUGCUGAGGAAUAAUGUGGAAAAAUGCUUGGAACCUGUUAAGAAAGAAUUAGUUAGAUGUUUGCCGGAAGAAUCAAAGGGAUUACCAGUUAUGGCUAUUAAGAUUGGCAAAGCAAUCAUCGAUCAAGCUUGUAACUCUACAGUUGAGGAAAUUUUGGAAUUAUGGAACCCUUGUACAAAAGCAAAAGGAACCCUGCCCUAUGAAGCUUGUACUAAAGUCAGAAAUAUCUACAAAGAAUACAAAAAUAAACUUCCCUCCAAAUCUCUAGUAUGCUCACUGCUGCCAAAUAUUAAAUCUUGUGAUAAAUUUCACCAAGAAGCGUCUUGCAAGAACCCCGUGACAAAGUCAGCUAUGGUCAAUUUCUUCGAGGCAAUAGAUGAGGCAACUGCCACCGAGUGUCAGGACCUCAAUAAAACGAAAUAGAAAAUGGAGCUAUGAGUUACUGCAACAUACAGGGUCGGAAGAUCCCCAUGGUUCAUCGGCCGUUACGUGAGAGUGAUAAAGAAAGUCAUAGAAAUCCGUGCGAUA